AUUUUUAAUUUUGUUGCUCACAAAGUUCAAGGAUUUUCCGUAAUCUCCGAUGACCCUUAGUCCACUUCCUCUUUAGGCUUAGAUCUAUAUUGGUUGUAUCAAGGGACUCGGCUUUGGGCCAAAUUGUUGAAGAAAAACAACUGAAAACAUGGGAGCUAGAUCAUCAAUGCUACAAGAAGAUGAAAUAACAGCCAUACAGAAAGAAACAGGCUUUUCAAGUAAUCAAAUUGUACGCUUAUACAGUCGGUUUACUAACCUGGAUAAAAAUAAUCAAGGCUAUUUAAGCCGAGCAGACUUUCUACGCAUCCCUGAAUUAGCAAUAAAUCCCUUAGGUGAUAGAAUUGUACAUGCAUUUUUUAAGGAAAGUAAUUCUGUCACUGUGAACUUUCGUGAUUUUAUGAGAGUUUUGGCCAGAUUUAGACCAGUGAAGAAAAAUAACACCAAAAAUAAGCUAAAUGACAGAGAAGAAAAGUUAAGAUUUGCAUUUAAAAUGUAUGACCUUGAUGGGGAUGACAUGAUAUCUCGAGACGAACUGUUAAAUGUUCUUCAUAUGAUGGUUGGUGCAAAUAUAUCUGAUGAACAGCUUGGUAGCAUAGCCGACAGAACAAUUUCGGAAGUUGAUCUAGACAAUGAUCAGAAUAUUUCAUUUGAAGAAUUUGUCAAGGCUAUGGAGAGAGUUGAUGUUGAACAGAAAAUGAGCAUUAGGUUUUUAAACUAAUCUACAACCACAGAAGAGGACACAGAAAAUAGUUAUUAUUGUAUUAUUAACUAUUUCAAGACUAGUAGACAAUACAAUAAAACAUCCAUUGUUUUUUAAAUUAUUCAGUUAAAGUCAGGUCAGUGUGGUCAGAAGCCAUUGCUACCAAACUACAGAAACACAAUGGUGUAAUUUUUAUUUCUUUAUCAAAACAUUCCUUAUUUAAAAAAAAUAUUUUUAAAUGCACAUAAAAAAGAGCACAAAAUUAUGAACUUUCAAUCCAGCUCACAUUUGUAAUAUUGUCACUUCACCUUUGACCUUCUUUUUUAAAUUUUUGAGCCAAUAAAUUUGUUGGAUAUAAUCUUUCUGGCACUAAAAUAAUUGCUAGUCAUCUCUUCUGUAACCCCCUUUUGGAAAUGGUAUUUAUAUGCGACCAAGUUGCAUUGUUGAUAAUUUAUGAACACCCUCCAAUCUAGAUUGAGUAGUCAAAGCUUAUGUUAAAAAGUUGAAAAGCCUGUAGAAACAUUGUGUUCACUGGCCUCAUGUAAUGUUUGUUUCUCUUUCUAAAAUUAAACUCUACAGCAAAGCUAAUUACAAUAUUUGUAAUAGUUUAUAGUUCGGGCUGACAAAAACAGUAUUUUUUUUCUGGUGUUUUUAAACAGGCUACUUUGACUGCAAUAGUCUCUACAAACUUGGAUACAUUUAUUAGGGUAAAAAUGGAAAGGUGGAUCAGUCCUGGAUCUCAUCAUUCAGCAUUUCAAAAGUUUAUAACACAUUUCCCUCCCUCCCUUUUUUUUUUUAAUUUUCUGUUUGUAUCACUUUGCCAUCAUGACACACAAACGUGUCUUCAUACUUAGCUCUCGUAGGCUGUGAUUGGUGUACAUUUCAAUCCGAAAUAACUUUUAUUUGUGUAUGUGCGGAGUGUAACACGCAAAACCAAUUGUAAUGUGCAUGCUUUAGGAAAUAUGACAUUUUUUAUUAUUAUUUGGAUUUAUGACGUUGCUAUGAAAAAUGUGUAUCGGGUAUACAGUGUGUUAUAUUGUGCUUGGAAGAAUAGUACAUUGAAGUAAUUACUUUUCCAAUGAGCAUAUUUGAUUUAUUUAUUGUUUGGUUGAAAGAUUUAAAGAAAUUUUAAACUGGUGAACUAUGCAUUUUAGGUUUACACAGAACAUAUACAAGUAUCUGUUGAAUCUAUUUUUAGUUAAGAUAAUUUUGUGUUUGGUUUUAUAACCUAAAAUUUACUUUGACUGAUGACAUCCUUAGAGUGGUCAGGAUGUUGAAUUUUCUACACUGUGCUACUGUAAUGCUAUAGAUUUCAAUUCUAUGUCUUUAUAGAUGCAAUAUAAUGACCUGUUACUAAACAACUUGAUGGUUAAGGGUCAAUCCUGAUAAUUUAAUUAUGUGAAUUUUACAAUAAUUAACGGAAAUCUAAUAAAUAAGUACCAUGUGGUUUUGAACAAAGUUGUAACAUCUUGCAAAAUUGAAUGCCAACAUAUUUUAUUCUAUUUGUAUUGAGUCAUUUGUACAUUGAUUAGUUAAUUUGGGUAAUUUUCAUUUAUGCUCCUUCUAUUUUAUCCUAAUUACCUGUUAAGUGUUGAAACUCAAGACACCAUGUCUUCUUUCACCUCACUGUUAUCAACUGGUUGUUACACCCAAAGCAUUCAGCUAGUUUGUAGAUACAUUUGAGAAGUCUGUAAAAUACUUAGGUUGGUAAUUUUUUCUUCUUACCAACUCAUAUAUCCUUGAAGUGUAAGUAUUAAUAAUCAUGAUGUUUUAUUUUAAAGUUGGUAUCAAUGUUGUUUUUUACACUAGACAGUGACAGGUGUUGAUAGAUCUGCUUCAUGUUUUCAUUUCCUAGUUUAGGGACAUUUACAUAGGACAAGAAUGUUUCACUCAUUAUGUUGUCCCCACUAAACUGCAUCUGUAGACUAAAAAUAACUCCUCUGAGCUACUGAUGGGUUUCAUCAUUUGGAUAUUAUAUAGUUUGGGAAGAGCAUUUAAAAAUGUUACAAACAUUUUUUCUGUAUUUAAGCAUGCUUAUACUGCGAUAAACCUGAAUAUCCAUGUGUGCUGAUUCAAACCAAAUCUUUAAUUUGACUGAAGAAUCUUGUACUCUGUUUUAAACAUGUUUUGGCUACUUGAUACCACUCAGUAUAUUUCCUUAUUCCAGACAUAAGUUUUGAAUAUGUUCUUCAUUUUGUUUUUUUGUCACAAUGUAACUUUUUUUUUUAACUCUGUUAUUUAUAAAAUAAUUUUAUUUUCAAAAUUAUAUCAGCUGAAAAUAUAUUUGAUAGAUAAAGGGUAAACUUUUUAUAUUUUCUUUUUGAGCAGAUAAAAUCACAAAAUAUUGUUAAUGUUUUUAAUGACAAAAAUAAAGGAAAAAAAAUGUAUAUAUUGA